CUGCACGCCGAGAGCUGGCCAUUCGGUGCCACCGUGUGCAAGACGGUGCCCUUCGUGCAGAAGGCCUCUCUGGGCAUCAGCGCGCUGAGCCUGUGCGUGCUCAGCGGAGACAGGUACCGUGCGGUCGCGCACUGGGACCGCCUCCAGUGCGUGGGCCUCUCCCUGCUCACGGCGCUUAAAGUCCUGGCCAUCUGGACGCUGUCGCUGGUGCUGGCGGUGCCCGAGCUCCUGGCCUUCGACACGCUGUCCUGGGAAUACCGCAACCGGACGCUCGACACGUGCAUGGUCAUCCCGCAGACGAGCUUCGUGGAGUUUUACGCCAAAGCCAAGGACUGGUGGCUGUUCGGCUUUUUCUGCAUGCCGCUGGCCUGCGCGGCGGUCUUCUACACGCUCACGACCGUCGAGAUGCUUGGGAUGAAGAAGCGAAACCUUGGCAGCGCCAUCGACGAGCACCUCAAGCAGCAACGGGAGGCAGGCAAGGCGGUGUUCUGCCUGGCGGUGGUGUUUGCGCUGUGCUGGCUGCCGCUGCAUCUCAGCCGCAUCCUCAAGAGAACCGUCUACGACGAGAUGGACCCCAACCGCUGCGAGCUGCUCAGCUUCCUGCUCGUGCUGAAUUACAUCGGCAUGAACCUGGCGACCCUCAACUCGUGCGUCAACCCCGUCGCCCUCUACGUCGUCAGCGCAAAGUUCAGGAACCGCUUCAAGUCCUGCCUGUGCUUGCUGGGCGACAAGCAGACGGCGCUCCAGCAGAAGGCCGUGGCGGCGCCGGGCAGCCCGCUCGGCCGCAGCAACUCCCGCUCCAGCAACAGGUUCAUCGUCACUUGA